AUGAUCGACAUAAAUAGAACAAAUAAUGACUUUUACUAUAGGUACAAGAUGCCUAGAGCAGUUGUAAAGCAGGAAGGAAAGGCUGGAAACACAAGAACAGUGAUUGUGAAUCUGGAGGAUAUCAGCUCCUCUCUGAAGAGGCCGCCUUUGUACAUUCUAAAGUUUAUGAGUUAUGAACUGGCUACUAGGACAGACAUUGGAAAGGGACGGUAUGCUGUGAACGGGAGAUAUGAAUCCUCGAGGAUUCAAGACCUGAUAUAUGACUUCAUCGAUGCAUAUGUUAUGUGUCCAUUUUGCAACAACCCAGAGACAUUCUAUAUCAACAAUGGCGGGUUAUCUCUAGAAUGCCUGGCUUGCGGAAAGAUAUCCGAUGUCAAAAGCUCCAAACUAAAUGGAAUGAUUCUCAAGGAUGUAGAGAGGAAUUCCUUGGAACGGGAUGAUGCCUAUUUUAAUCCUGGAGAUGAAGAAGAUGAUAAGUACCAGGACGAGAUGAAAAGGUUGAUGGAGUCUGGAGAGGACAAAUCGGAAGAUAUUGUAAAUCUACUUCGAAGCCAUGGACUUUCCGACGAAAGUAUCGGAAAAGAAGUUCUAAUGUUUGAUGGUGGCCUUAGGAAAUGCAAGGGCAUAGGGAAUCUGAUUUCAACGAAAGCUCUCUUAAGCUCUGCCGAGGAGAUUGUUGAGAAUGGAAAGGAGAAGAAAAAGAUCCAGGAGUAUCUGAGGAUGUUUGAGGACGAAAAGAUUUUUAAGCGAAGUGAGCUCUUCAAGUACUUUACAAGGCCCCAGGGAAACCGGAAGAGGUCCCCUGAGUUCAAGAAGGAGGUGAGUGAAUAUUUUUCCAAUCAAUAA